UGUUUGCCACUCCCUCGCAAAUCACUGGAGAACAUAUAUGGCAGGGACGAAGAUGACUAGCCCUUUCUUGUUGCUGGUGCUCAUUGCCCUAAUGGGCAUAUCAUCUAGCGUGCUCGCCGCCCGUGAGUUGGCCGGCGAGGAGGCGGCGAUGCAGGCGAGGCACGAGGAGUGGAUGGCCAAGCACGGGCGCAAGUACAAGGACGACGCCGAGAAGGCUCGGCGCUUCCAGGUGUUCAAGGCCAACUCGCAGCUCGUCGACAGGUCCAACGCCGACGGCAACAAGAAGUACCGCCUCGCCAUCAAUAAGUUCGCCGACCUGACCAGCGAGGAGUUCGCCGCCACGCACACCGGAUUCACGCCCGCGCCUCCCGGAGCCGAGAAGCGGCCGGGAUUCAAGUAUGAGAACGUCAGCCUCUCCGCCGAGGAGGAGCAGGGCCUUGACUGGAGGACCAGAGGCGCAGUUACCGGUGUAAAGUACCAAGGACAAUGUGGAUGCUGCUGGGCCUUCUCCGCCGCGGCUGCCGUGGAGGGCAUCCACCAGAUCACCGCCGGCCAGCUGGUCUCCCUCUCGGAGCAGCAGCUGCUCGACUGCACCACCGACCGGAACAACGGCUGCGGCGGCGGCUUCAUGACCUCCGCCUUCCAGUACAUCGCGGACAAUGGAGGCAUCGCCACCGAGAACGCCUACCCAUACGUCGCAGCCCAAGGCGCGUGCGACACCGAUGGCAAGCAGCCGGCCGCCACCAUCAGCAGCUACGAGACCGUGCCCGCCAACGACGAGGACGCACUCGCCAUGGCCGUCGCCAACCAGCCCGUGUCCGUGGGCAUCGACGGGAAGGGGCAGAGCUUCCAGCUCUACAGUGGCGGCAUCAUGACGGGCGACGCCUGCGGCACGCAAAUGAACCACGCGGUGGCCGUCGUGGGGUACGGUGUCCAGCAGGAUGGGACCAGCUACUGGCUCCUCAAGAACUCGUGGGGCCAAGGCUGGGGAGAAGGAGGUUACAUGAAGCUCGAGAGAGGCACUGGUGCCUGUGGCGUUGCCAUGAUGGCCUCUUACCCUGUCGCAUGAACUUACGCUAGCUCAUCGCAAGAACUCAAGAUUUAUUAAUUUAAAAAAUAUAUACUACUAGUAAAUACUACUCAGUAUUGAAUAAACCCAUCCUGAUCGACGGCAUGGGCCACUCCUAAGUAUAGCAUGAGAUUGCUUCAGGUAUUUAACCCAUAUAUGAAUGAACGAGUAUUUGUACCCCAUAUAUGUUUUGACUCUAUACUAUGAACUUGUUUGGUU